GCAAAAUUGUUGAUCAGCUUAAAGCAAUUGUUUUCAAAUGAAGGGAUAAAUGGUAAAAUAGGUAUAUGACAAUUGUCCUGUGUUUUGUUUUAUUAUUUAAUUUAAUUUAGCAGUGUUUUAUUGUGUCAUCAAGCGUACUUAAUCAACACUACAUCUUCAAUUUCAUGGUUAAGGAGUGAAUAGUACUAACAAUUCAUUUGUAAAAAUGACGGCGAUGACACAAGAGGAUAUCAUUACAAACACCAAAACUGUGAUUCAAGGACUUGAUGCUUUAAGGAAUGAAAAUCUUUCCAUCCAUAGUGGCUUAUUAUCUUCAUUAGAAGCUAUCCAACAAUCUGACCAUUGUGAAAAUGACCCCAACUUAAGACUUAUGGAAGAGAAGACAUCCAUCGUCCAAAAAACCAUCGAAAGUAUUGAACUUGGAUUGUCUGAGGCUCAAGUUAUGAUUGCCUUAGCUGGUCACUUACAAACAGUUGAAGCUGAAAAACAAAAAUUGAGAGCUCAAGUUCGACGAUUAUGUCAAGAGAAUGCUUGGCUACGAGAUGAAUUGGCUAACACACAACAAAACUUACAAGUCUCUGAACAAAAAGUUGCUCAUCUUGAAGAAGAAAAGAAACAUCUUGAAUUUUUGAAUUCUAUUAAAAAAUACGACUUCGGAGAGGCCAGUACAGCCGAUGAUUCAAUGGAAAAAAGUAAAACAGAAAGUGAAGCUCCUCUUGAUCUUGGUUUUCCUGACGAUGAAGAGGAACAACAUCCCGAAGGAUUAACGCCAACCCCACCAGGACAAAUGGCUGCCGUAGCCAAUGCCGGUUAUGAGAUACCAGCUCGUCUUCGAACACUUCAUAAUUUAGUCAUUCAAUAUGCAUCACAGGGAAGGUAUGAGGUGGCAGUACCAUUAUGUAAACAAGCAUUAGAAGAUUUGGAAAAAACAAGUGGCCACGAUCAUCCCGAUGUGGCAACCAUGUUAAAUAUUUUGGCCCUCGUCUAUCGUGAUCAGUAUAAAUAUCGAGAGGCUGCAAAUCUUUUGAAUGAUGCACUAGCAAUCCGGGAAAAGACUCUUGGUGAAAACCAUCCAGCAGUUGCAGCAACUCUUAACAAUUUAGCCGUUCUUUAUGGAAAACGUGGUCGUUAUAAAGAAGCUGAACCCUUAUGUAUGAGAGCAUUGGAAAUUCGUGAACGUGUCUUGGGUAAAAAUCAUCCUGAUGUUGCUAAACAGUUAAACAAUCUUGCCCUACUCUGUCAAAAUCAAGGAAAAUAUGAUGAAGUGGAAAAGUAUUAUUUAAGAGCCCUAGAAAUUUAUGAAAAAGUUCUCGGACCUGAUGAUCCCAAUGUAGCUAAAACGAAAAAUAAUUUAGCUUCAUCUUAUUUAAAACAAGGCAAAUACAAAGAAGCUGAAAUGCUGUAUAAACAAGUUUUAACUCGAGCUCAUGUUCGAGAAUUCGGUAACAUAGAAGGGGAAAACAAGCCAAUCUGGCAGAUAGCAGAAGAAAGAGAAGAGAGUAAAAAUAAGAAUAAGGAUAAUUCACCUUUCCCUAAUGCAGAUUCUGGUACAUGGUAUAAAGCUGUUGACAAAUGUCCCACAGUGGCUACAACGUUAAAAAAUCUUGGAGCAUUGUACAGACGCCAAGGGAAAUAUGAAGCGGCAGUUACGCUAGAAGAUUGUGCUUUGCGUGCUCGCAAAGAGGCUUUAGAUGCUGCUGCUCGUCAAGGUAAAUCUCAUCAUUAUCUGAGCACUGAUUUUAUCUCAGCCCAACAAGCAAAGGAAGCAAAACAACGUUCGUUCUCAUCUAAAGAUGGCAGCCAGAGAGGUUCAAGAGAGUCACUUGAUAGUUUUGGUGGUGAUUCAACUGUUAAUCAAUCUGGGGAUCCCAUCGACAGUGAGAUGACUCGUAGCAGCUCUUUGAGUAAGAUUAAAGCUUCAAUUCGUAGGACCAGUGCAAAUAUUGUUCAGAAAUUGAAAUCUGGUGAUACUGAGACCAUGUUACGUGAUGGACUCGAAAGUUUAGCUUCAAGAAUGAAACGCACUCGAUCAAUGUCAAUAAUCAAUCAAAAACCUGAAAAUAAUUUGGAUCAAGAGGAAAUAGCAUCGAGAAUCAAAAUGUCAAUAUCAAGUCAACAAUUAACCGUUCCAUUGGACGUUUCAUCGCCAUCUCAUAACAAUCACCUGGAAUCACCUUAACAUGUCAUCUUUAUUUUACUAAAUUAACCAAUCAAAUGCGAUAAAUGUAAUCCUGAGAUUCAAUGAUUUCAGUGAAAGUGUAAAAACUGUCUUUUUGCAUUUCCAUACUCAUCAUUUUAGCAUUUAAAUCUCACAUUGAUUUGGGUUUUGGUUAACCUCUUCAAUGUUAUGAAAAGAGAAAGGAAAGAUUAAGGCGCAUUUAAUCAUCAAAUUUCAAUUGUAUUUAAAGCUGCUAAAUGAUUCUAAUGAUUGUUCAUUGAUUCUUGAUUCAAAAUAUGCAUUCUUUUUUUACAACUCACUUCAUUUUAACCAAAUUACCCAAAGAAAUCAGCAAAUCAGUAUUAGUUAUAUUCAUAUUGACCCGAAACUACUAGAAAUUGAAAAAUUUUGUGAUCAUUUUUUCCUGAUUCGUUGAUUGGUAAUCAACUAUUUAAAUGCAAUCUCAGACAAAUGUUAUUUUGAACCCUGAAUUAAUGUAUCAUCAUUAUCUUCAUUAUUGGCUACAAUUUUACUCAUAGUCAAGUCAUAAUUACUUGACUUGUCGUAAAUUUCAUAGUAAUGCUUUCAAUAUAUUGAUAAUAAACAAGAAUUGA